CGCACGCGCUUGUGUUUCUUGUGGGAGCUGCAGUUGGUAGCAGUGGUGGAGUGUCGCUGUGCUGCAGCUGCCUCUGCGCCGCACAGCUCGGCUUCAUGGGAGCGCGGUGCUGCUCGUCCUGCACAGAGUGAAGGAGCGCUCGACGGCGGGAGACAUGGCGGCUAACGAGGACCAGGAGAUGGAGUUGGAAGCUCUUCGCUCCAUCUAUGAGGGAGAUGAUUGUUUCAAGGAAAUUAGUCCAAUUUCCUUCCAGUUUAGGGUAGGAGACCUCGAGGACACCAAAGCCUUCCUUAUGGACAUCACAUGGCCGGAGACAUACCCAGAGACAGGUCCACAGAUCUCCCUCGACACGUUUUUCAACAACAGAAUUUCUGCAGAGACCAAGCAGAUCAUCCUGUCAAGGCUGGAGGAACAGGUGGCGGUCAACCUGGGCACCGCCAUGAUGUACACCCUGUUCGAGUGGGCGAAGGAAAACCAGGAGGCGCUCAUGGAGCAUCACAAGCCAGUGGUGACAACUGUGACGCUGACUUCCAGCAGUGAGGUGAAGAUGCACGUCUCAGCAGCAAAGAAGAAGGAGAAGAAGGUGCAGCUCACUAAAGCUCAGAAGAAAAGGAUUAUUAGCAGAACAGAUAACAAGGGAGAGCUGCCAAGAGGCUGGAACUGGGUGGAUGUUAUCAAGCAUCUGAGUAAAACAGGAGGAAAGGAUGACGAGUAGCUCUCCAGGCUUGGGUGAAGACCACAGUGGAUUCAGGCGAUUGUCACUACCGCAGAUUUGAUGGAGGCGUCGUGUCAAAAAACAGUUUUGGAAGAAAAAACAUUACUUAAUUUUGUCAUUUCUACAAUUUGAUUCUUUGCUGUAAGUUGAAUUUUGUGCAUAUGAAAUAAAACAAGAUUUGAUCAGUG